GAGGCAGCUCACCGUCACCGCUGACGACGUCUUCCUCCGAGUGACUACUGUUAUCAAGAUGGCGCUACGGCCAGGAUCCGGAGGAGGCAGCAGUUUUAUGUAUCCUGUUGGAGGGGGCCUGGGACCACCACAAGGUAUGGUACCCAUGCAACAACAGCAGCAGCAGCAACAGCAGGGCUUCCCUAUGGUCCAGGUCAUGCAGCCUAACAUGCAGGGCAUGAUGGGAAUGAACUUUGGGGGACAGAUGCCUCCUGGUGCCAUGCCUAUGCAGGGUGGGAUGGCUAUUGGGAUGCAGACUCCCGGGAUGCAGUUCAUGGGCCAGCCACAGUUUAUGGGCAUGAGGACUCCCGGGCCUCAGUACACUGCAGACAUGCAGAAACAAAUGGCUGAGGAGCACCAGAAGCGUCUGGAGCAGCAGCAGAGGAUGCUGGAGGAGGACAGGAAAAGGAGGCAGUUUGAGGAGCAGAAACAGAAACUGAGGCUUCUCAGCAGUGUCAAACCCAAGACAGGGGAGAAGAGCCGUGAUGACGCCUUGGAGGCGAUCAAAGGCAAUCUGGACGGUUUCAGCAGAGAUGCCAAGAUGCACCCCACCCCGUCGUCACAGACCAAGAAGCCAGACUCAUCGCCAUCACACUCCUCUGUCACCCCUCACUCCCUCCCCCCCGCUUUCUCCGAGGAUGAUGACGAAUUUAGUGACUUUAUUCAGGGGCCUGUAGAUGCCUCUGCAUCCUUCCCCCCCGCCACCUCCUCUUCCUCCAACCUCCACCUCUCCUCUCAGGCCCAUGUCCAGCCUUCGUCCCCUUCCCUCAAGGCAGGUCUGUCCUCCUCCUCUUCCUCCUCCUCCUCCCCUCAGCCUCCCCCUGCCUCUGUGCCCAUUCCCACUGCCACCCAACACUCUGCUGUCAACACCAGCUCCCAGUCUAAAUCUCAAGGCCCGUCCCUGGAAGAGAAGCUAUUCUCCUCAUGUGAUUUUACCGCUGAUAAGAAGGCCCAGGUUAGCUUUAAAUCCCAGCAGUGUUUGGCCGAAAUGGGUCCUAUGGCUAAACAUUCAGCCCAGUUUCAGUCCAGCACCAAAGCCCGGAACUGGGCUGAGGCCACUGAGGACUUGAGUUCAGUCUUCACCACAGAAACGCUACAUGAGGCCUCAGUGUCGGCGCCUGCUGUCCCCUCCUCAGCUGCUGACUCAUCCCCUCAAACCAGUAGUAACAGUGCAGGUGUUGGUGUGUACCCUCAACAAGAACACAUCCAGCCCAUGCUGCCAGGCUGGCUGUACAAUGACAGCCUCAUCCCAGAAAUGUUCAAAAAGGUCCUUGAAUUCACCAUGACUCCAGCAGGGAUCGACACAGCCAAGCUCUAUCCCAUACUCAUGUCAUCAGGCCUUCCCAGGGAGGCACUGGGACAAAUUUGGGCAUCAGCCAACCGCACAACACCCGGCAUGCUUACCAAGGAGGAGCUGUACACUGUACUUGCUCUAAUUGGAGUGGCGCAGAGUGGCCUCCCAGCAAUGAAUGUGGAGAUCUUGAGUCAGUUCCCUUCUCCCCCAGUGCCCAACCUCCCUGCUCUGGCCAUAGCCAUGGGCCCUGUCAUGCCUCAACACCAGCAGCCCAUGAUGCCCCAGCCCCCUGUCUCCAUGGCCAUGCCCACACCAGCACCACCAGUCAUGGCCAUGACACCCGCAGCUCCAGCUCAGACACUUCAAAACACCAGUUUCAUCACAAAUUUCCCCCCUGUAGCACAGGGGACCAAAGCAGACGAUGACGAUUUCCAGGAUUUCCAGGAGGCUCCCAAAGCAGGUGCAGGAGACCAGGCCUUCUCUGACUUCCAGGGAGAAUCAGGUGGAAGCUUCCCAACCACCAUAGCACCUCAGCAGCAAAACAGUGCACCUGCCAUGCUGACUCCAGUGUCUGGUUCCUCCUCCUCCUCCUCGUCUGAUAAGUACGCCGUUUUCAAGCAGCUCUCUGUGGAUCAGCCUGCAGAGCCAACACCCCCUGCCUCAGACUUGGGAGACAAAUACAGCGUCUUCAGACAGCUGGAGCAACCUGCUGACAAGAAACCAGUUGGCGAAGGAUUCACCGAUUUCAAAUCUGUCAGCACUGAUGAUGGCUUCACGGACUUUAAAACCGCCGACAGCAUCUCUCCACUAGACCCCCCAGACCAGGCCAAGAUCUUCCAGCCUGCCUUCCCUUCUGCUUUCCCUAACUCUCAGUCUCUGCAACAACUACCACAACAGCAGCAACAGCCAGCAGUCACUCUUUCUCAGCCUAAAAACCCUCUUAACAUGGCAGACCUGGAUCUUUUCUCUUCUAUGGCUCCCUCUGCCCCUGCUCCUACUGAGACAAAACCUAGCACAUUCCCCUCUGUGUCUGUGCCCCCUUCUCUAGUGCUCCUGCCAGGGGGAGCCAAGCCCCCAGGGGGAGGGGCUGACGACUUUGGGGACUUUGCCCUGUUUGGCUCCUCCUCCGAUGCUGCUCAAGCUCCAACGGCGGGAGGGGCCACAGCGGCACCUCAGGAUGACUUUGCAGACUUUAUGGCGUUUGGCAGCUCUGGAGGGGAACCCAAAGGCGACGGCAGUUUAGGGGUGCGAGGGGAGACCACUGCUCAACAGCGGCCCCAGCAGGGCUCGGACAAGUAUGACGUGUUCAAACAGCUUUCCUUGGAAGGGGGGCUGGCCUACGACGAUACCAAGGAGAGUGGCGGCGGCUCGUUCUCAUCCCUGAAGAGCGACACGGACGACUUUGCCGACUUCCAGUCCUCAAAGUUCUGCACAGCACUGGGGGCCUCGGAAAAGAGCUUGGUCGACAAGGUGGCCGCCUUCAAACAGGCCAAGGAGGACUCUGCCUCCGUCAAGUCCCUGGACCUCCCGUCCAUCGGAGGGAGCAGCGUGGGGAAAGAGGACUCUGAAGAUGCACUCUCAGUGCAGCUGGACAUGAAGUUGUCGGACGUGGGCGGAGACCUGAAGCAUGUGAUGUCGGACAGCUCUCUGGAUUUGCCGGGUCUCUCGGCUCACCAGCCCCCCGCUACAGAAGGAGACGACAUGAAAUUUGACCCCUUUGGAACAUCGGCCCUCAGCAGCCUGGCCAGCUAUGACUGGUCUGACAGGGAGGAAUGUCUGCCUGCUGAGCCCAGAAAGCCUCAGGGCCUGGAAGGUGCCGCUCUUUCCUCUUUAGCCCCCACCCACAGGAAGGAACUGUCCUUUGGUAGCUCAGAAAAUAUUGCCAAUGCCUCCAUAACCAAGAUCACCGCCGAGGAUGGCUCACUGGCAGACGACAAAUUCGAAGCCUUUGCUGACUUUGGCUCCGCCGAGCAGGGCGGCGUUGAUAAUGAUGAUUUUGGGGACUUUGCGAGUACAGUGUCUGAGAAGUCGGACUCGCCGGCCGCCGUUGCCGAAGCGGCCUCUGAGGGCAACCAGAGUGAAGCUUCUGAUGAGUUUGGGGCCUUCCAGGGCGAUAAACCCAAGUUUGGCAAAUCUGACUUCCUCAAGGCCAGCUCUCAGGCCAAAGUCAAGUCCAGCGAGGAGAUGAUCAAGAACGAACUGGCAACCUUUGAUUUGUCUGUUCAAGGCUCCCACAAGCGCAGUCACAGUUUGGGCGAGAAAGAGAUUGGGCGUUCGCCUCCAUCGCCGGCUCCGGAGCAGCCCUUCAGAGACCGAUCCAACACCCUGAGUGAGAAGCCCGCCUUACCUGUCAUCAGGGACAAGUACAAGGACUUGACCGGGGAGGUGGAGGAGAGCGAGCGCUACGCAUACGAGUGGCAGAGGUGUCUGGAAAGCGCCCUGGAGGUCAUCACCAAAGCUAACAACACCCUGAAUGGCAUCAGCAGCUCCUCUGUCUGCACUGAGGUCAUCCAGUCUGCUCAGGGCAUGGAGUACCUGCUGGGUGUGGUGGAAGUGUAUCGCGUGACCAGACGCGUGGAGCUGGGCAUCAAGGCAACAGCGGUGUGCUCUGAGAAGCUUCAGCAGCUGUUGAAGGACAUCAGCCGCGUGUGGAACAACCUCAUGGGCUUCAUGUCCUUGGCCAACCUGGCGCCUGAUGAAAGCUCCCUAGAUUUCACCUCCUGUAUUCUGAGGCACGGCAUCAAGAAUGCCAAGGAGCUAGCUUGCGGGGUGUGCCUGCUCAAUGUCGACUCUCGCAGCAAGAACAAAGAAGAAAGCACUAUUGGACGUCUGUUUAAACGAGCACUGGCUAAAGACAAUGACAGGAGGUUAAGGGCAUUCAACUCAGAGACAGACAACUUCAAGCUGCUGUAUGGGGGCCACCAGUAUCACGCCAGCUGUGCCAAUUUCUGGAUCAACUGUGUGGAGCCCAAACCCCCGGGCCUCAUUCUCCCUGACCUGCUCUGAGCUUUGACUGUCUGCCAUGGCAACGGGCACAGGUAAUCAACAUUGGAUAGGUGGAGCGGCCAAGGCCAGGCAUCUCACGCUGCAUGGGCUCUCACCUUGGGCUGAGAGUGAGCGCACUGAAGGACUUUUAAAGUCACUGGAUCCCUCUUUAUUUAUUUGUCUUUUAUAUUCUGCACCUGCCCUCGGUCUCAAACUUGGUGAACUCGGAUUUUGAAACCAAGACUGUUCAUGUGCAGUUCUGGUAGUUUGUUCAAACUCGGAAGCUUUUUCUGUAAUUGUAUUAAAGUACACUAUUUAUGCUGUCAUUGUUACCUGUUUGUUCUGUUUUUCCAUAUCUAGUACUUAAAACGUUAAGGUCAGCCUUUUUAACACUGAAAUAUAGUACUAAUGAUGCUUUAAAGAUAUUUCCCACUGUACAGCAGUAAAUGUUGUCAGUAUUAAAUGGAUCUCAUGUCUCUGAACUAGCACUCAUCAGUGACUCAGCCAUUCAAACUACUAGAGCCAUGCAAUAUCAUGAGAACAGUGGCACUGGAAGGCAUUUUGAGAUAAAAUGAAAUGUAAACUUAGCUUCAGUUUUCCAUUAUGUCACUUUUAGCUUUACUUCUGUUUGAUGGGGAAGGCAAAGAGGAAUUUUAUUCAUGACUUGAAAUCUAUUCGCUUUGUUCCUGUUGAGUCAGAGCUGCUGAAUCAUAUACCCAUUAUUCCAUUUGAAUUGUGCUGGUUGGUUUGGUCUUUUAAAACGGUACUCCAUGGUUAUCAUUUUAAUAUCAUUUUGAAAACUUUAUCAUACGAGUUAUUGCAGUGCUGAAAGGCAGAGAUAUCUACCAUUUUAUGUAUUUGCUUUGAUUUAACUGCUUUGAAUGUCCUUUGCACUGCUGAAAGGAGAUUUCAACACUUUCAUGUUCUCUGGGUAUUUAAAUGAGUUUUUUUCUAGGUAUUUGUGGGGGAAAAAAAGUUGUGAUAUUGGGACUUGAAGGGAAUGAUUUAAAUAUUUGCAGGUUUUGUGUUUUUCUGUCUUGCUAUGCUGGUGUGUGGACUAGCGCUGAAAGUCUGGAAUGAAGUCAACUGUGAUUCUGAGCUAAAAUUGCAGCAGCACUUUGUGUAUUACAGUCUCAUGCUGUAGCAUUGUAAACAUGACUAACUGUAAUGUGAAAGUGAUGUAAAUAAAUGAGUAUCAUAAACUUUA